UCUGCCCUGCAAUCGCCCUUUAAAUAUUGGGAAAUGGCUGUGAUACGGACGAUACCCAUGCCCUUGUGUAGAUUAAAGGGAUAAGUGGUGAAAAUAAGGUCAGUUUCAUAUCUAACACUGUGUUUCUGCAUUUUUAUAAAGUAUCUAAUAUAACUCUUAUUUUCUAUUAGAGUUAUAAAGAUGGAUGGAUGUUCUAUUUAUUUCUUCUCCCAGGGUUUGCAUUCCAAAUCACAACAGAUAUUUUAUUUCGGUGCCUAUAGCUUCCCCCACCAUCUGCUCACAACCCCAUCUUUGUUGCUUGUGGGAGGCUGUGUUUCUAAGUGUUGGUGAGAAAUGUAGAAGUUUUAUCAGCCUAACACCCCCGGCAGAUCGAGGGGUUUUGUGGUUGUCCAUUGCAGCAGAGUUACUCUACAUCGUUUUACUCCUGAUGGGCAUCACUCUCAUGUUGAUCGAACUCUGCUAUUCCAUCAGCAUCCUGGAUGGGUUGAAGCUCAAUGCCUUUGCUGCAAUAUUCACUGUUCUAGCAGGUCUCUUAGGGAUGGUGGCUCACAUGAUGUACACAACCGUCUUCCAAAUGACUGUCAAUCUUGGUCCAGAGGACUGGCGCCCGCAGACCUGGGAUUAUGGCUGGUCAUACUGUCUUGCGUGGGGCUCCUUUGCUUGCUGUAUGGCUUCCUCUGUGACCACAAUGAACAGAUACACAAAAACUAUUCUGGAAUUUAAGUAUAAACAGAAAAAACUGGAGAGAAAUUUAAAGGUGAAAUGCAAGUCUCCUGAUCCAGAAAAGGCAUGGAAGAUGUACAUUGACACCAUCCACAGCACAACUGAGGACUACGUGCAUCAUCUGACAGAUGUGCAUGCUCCGGUUAACCCCACAGCAUUUGCAGAAUUAAAUAACAUACCCUUGGCACACUGUGAAGAAUACUGCUAAAGAUAUGGCACAGAGUUGUGCCAGGAUUGGUGACUGAAUUGAAAUAGCUUCUCAGUGCACUGCUUUGUGUGACCUGUACUCUCACUACAAAACAUGCUGGUGACUUACAAAGAAAAGGCCAAGAAGAAAAGUCUCAUUUCUUUUCAUUCAAUUAUGUAUUUAUUUAAUUUCUACCCCACCUUUCAUUUCUUUUCUCCUUUUAGUCACUUCCUGACUUAAAGCAAUGUCCAGUCAAAAUUAAGUACUAAAGUCUCAUUGGUUUUAGUGAAGGGUG